AUGUAUUUUGACGGGUCGAUCGCACCAAGGCGCGUGGUGAGCCUUUCGGGCGCCUCCGGGUUCGGACGGACUAACACACUAGGACGUGGCCAGCCGGGGUUGCUCAGGAUCCAGCAGGAGCAAGAUCGUGCUUGUCGGACUAUAGUCCCAUUCCUACGUCAUGUGGUUGAUUUCAAGCGCGCGAUACUGCGCUGGAGGGAGUGCUUGCCGCAACUGUUGGCUCGGUCUACGGAGUAUGUAGACAAGAUAUCAUUACCUUCUGCAGACCACUGGGUUAAUCGCCAAUCAAAAGUUCGCGACAAUGGUGAAUUUGUUUGGGGAGACAGGGCGAAUUUCGGUGGCGGCGCUGGAAUUUCUGUGGAAUCGCAUGGCACAUCCGGAACUGAACCGGAGUCCGGAUGUGCCUCCGCCGACGCGGUGACGUAUCAUCCGGUAUGUCAGUUGAUGCGCGUUGUGGAAGCAUUGGCUCGUGUUGACUGGAAGAACGACUAUUCACAUUAUGUGCGCCUAUGUCUGGUUCACUUUCGGCGCUGGUACUUCAGCGAUCGGCAUGACGCUGCAACACAUGCCAUCAUGUCCGACCGAGCACAGGUCACUCAACUUGUUAAGUUAUGCUUGAAGUUUUUCAGGAUUUUGUUUCACAGCAAAAGGCGGGAUCCAGAGAGCUCGUCCACUCAUACAAGCUCCUCUGCCUAUGGUACGGCAUACAAUUCAUUCAGUGCCGGGCAAGCUGCAGUUGCCACACCAAUUAGACCUCUGUAUCCGCAGGGAUUUAAUGCCGCUGGUAUAAGGCGUUCAGGUCCAAUGGUAUCCAUGUACGUAACGCCUGGCAAACCACCUGGAUUGUUUGGCCAUGGUUCUUUCCGUUCCGGUUUGGAUUCCCGCAGCUUGGUGUCCAAGGCUGCAGAAGCGGAGUCAGAUUCGAACUUGACGCUAAACACAUCGUUUAACGAUCUGGAAGUGGUGAGAGCUAGGCUUUCGUUCGACGAGGCUGAAAUUGCGCACUUCGUAUCGGCUUUGUUCAGGCUGGUUUCGCGCAGCCAGGCGCAGCAGCUCAAUGAUGAGUUCGGAAUAGCCACUGAUUGGUACCCUGCAAUGGUGGGUCGUGCGUUGGCGAACCUGGAGUAUGACUGUCACGCGUUGCUUGCACUGCUCGAGAUUGCUCAACCGUUGCGCGAGCUGUGUACCACAAAGGAGUCCGCAUUAAGGAUGUUCAUUAGUGUUUGGGUUGUACCCAACCUGGAAAAUGCGGAUCGUGAUAUAGACAUUUUGAGCUGUGCAUUCAAGGCUACCUGUGACCCAGCGUUUCUGCAUGGCCUUUGCCUGAUUGGAUGCCAGGCUAAGGAUGUUCAGCCCUACGGGGCCACUUCCGACACGCAUAACAGUGUAACCAUUGGGGCGUAUUCUCCUCACAAGGUUGCGACUAUCGUGAGAAAUUUGACGAAGAUGGCUGGAACCAAAACGCGCAAGGCGGUCUCCCUUCACCAUGAUACUGGCAAGACGUUUGAACAUCAUCUGCGGGUGCAAGUGGAGUCGUUCCUUGGCGCGCCUGAGCUGAUGAGGUUGAUUCAGAAUGUGAAAUUGAUGUCGUAUCCUCAUGAAAGCUCCCGAAUGGAGCGUAUUCAAAAAUCCAUGGAUAUGCACAACACCCAGGAUUCCGGUGUUCCGGAGGACGUGGAGCCGUUCCGUUAUGUUCGUUUGGGUGUAUCCGCCACAACUGGUUCUUCCACACGAGCGGAUACGGAUUCUUCUCAGAAGCCGACUGUAACAAAUGAUGUUGCUUAUAAAAGGGUGUUUUUCAAUAUGUGCAACCUGUUGAAGUUGCUGGGCGAUGGAAAGCAUCGGGACCAUGAUAAGGAUACUAUCGCAUCUAUUCUGUCUGUCAUGUUGUUUUGCGCUCAGUUGUUUUCCGUGCCUGAACUGGAAGAGGCUGGUCUGUGGAAGUUUGAUAGCAUGGCCGUGUUCUCCAAUAUACUGCACACUUAUCGCAAGGAUACUUACAUCGUCAUGGCGGUCGCCUUGUUGCUGAUGCCAGUUGUGAGGUGGGAUUAUCUGACUACCGAUCCUAACGCAGCUGCGAUUGCAAAUGCUGCGAGAGCAGCCGACAGCAUAGGCAACCCUGUGGCAGAGGAAGAGGUCAAUCAUGACUCAUAUCGCUCUGUGUGGGACCGGGCAACCAAAUUGCUGUUUUCGUGGGAGGUUAUGAAGACCAUGCUGACACAAUUCAAGCACCACCACGCUAACUGUUGUGGCAGCAGCUUCAACCAGUUCGCGAUGGCUGUCACCCCGGAAAUCUCAAAUGAUGGCGCUUUGUGUUGCUUGUGGCGUGCAUUCGCGACCGUGCUGGAACAUUGCAUGUUGGUGAUGAACGACGCUGAGUUAAUGGGUGACGACGAUGAACCCGGGUUGUUCGAUGCGGACGACGUAGCGUUCUUGGUCGGCGCCCUCAACCACACCUCCUGGUACCACACUUCAUACCGUCACAUCAAUGAAGAAAUGCGAAGUUAUGGCCCGUGUCUCAACUUUCCAGGCAAUGCAGUUUGUGGUUGCGGAAUAGAGGUUAAGGUCAAUGGCCUGUUCCAUCGUUCAAAAGGCAACGGCAACUUCACGGCCGAAUACUGGGGCAAAUUGGCGUACGAUUUCAGCCUGCGGUUCCUUCGCCAGACUGAGGGGUCGCACAACCCAUCGGUCAUUGUCGAGGUGGACCGCAUGGUGCUCAACAAGCUGCGUACCAAGCAGCUUGACGCUCCCAUUCUGAAGUUUUUGCACUGCAUUCCUCAGACUGUCACCUUCGAGACUCGGUUGCAGCUGUUCAUGGCAUAUGUGGCCCAUGACAAGUCCAUGAACCGCACCCACAUGGAUAUCAGCGACGCGGAUAUGUAUAUAAUCCGUCGUUCGCACAUCGUGGAGGACGGCUUGGUAACGCUGGGUGCAAUGGGAAGUGCACACUUGAAGCAGGUUUUUAGGGUCAUCUUCGUUGAUGAAACUGGUGUACGGGAGGAGGGUGUCGAUGGCGGUGGCCUGUUUAAGGAGUUCCUCACCUCGAUAUGUUCGGUAAUAUUUAAUCCGGCGUACGGUAUUUUCGAAGAGUCUCCGUACGACGGGUCACUGGCGCCGUCCCCGAACUCCGCCCUGUUCCACGAAGGACAUCUAUGCAUAUUCAAUUUCGUGGGUAAGGUCAUUGGCAAGGCGUUGUAUGAGCAGAUCCUGGUUGAACCGGUCCUCUCUCGCCUGUUGCUCAACUUCAUCCUCAAGAAGCGGAAUACGCUUAACGAUUUGAGGUUUGUUGACCCUGAGUUGUACAGGAACCUCGUGAGCAUGCGCAAGAUGACGGACAAAGAAAUCGAAAGCAUGGGACUGACGUUCACCACAACCAUGUCAUCCCUAGGAGACUCGGCCCCUGUGGAGAUCAUGAAGGGCGGCAGCGAUAUGCUGGUUACCAAGGAAAACCUUAACCUGUUCCUUUUUAUGUUCGCCGACUUCAAGUGCAACACCAUGAUAGAGAAGCAGUCUUCUGCGUUUUUGCAGGGCAUCAGUAGCGUCAUCCCGCUGGAUUGGCUGCGCAUGUUCUCGUACUCCGAACUCGUCUACCUCAUAUCGGGGUCAUCGGCGGCCAUCAAUAUCGAGGACAUGCGUGCGAACGCCACUUAUUCAGCCGGAUACACGGACACCUCAGAAGUUAUUGUGUGGUUCUGGGAAAUACUGAGCGAGUUCGACGAUGAGCAGCGGCGCAUGUUCUUGUGGUUCGUCACUUGUUGCAAGCGCGAGCCCCUGAUGGGUUUCCGACAGCUGCAACCUCCCUUCUGCAUAACGCGAGACACCAACGCGGACAACUUGCCCACCGCGGCCACGUGCAUAAACUUGCUUAAGCUGCCGGAAUAUGGCAGCAAAGCGGUGCUACGCUUGAAGUUGUUGGACGCCAUGACCAUGUCGAAGGGUUUCGGUUUCGCCUGA